CCGGUUUUGUGGAGUUCAUAAACCAAAUAGUUUGUAAACAGGGCUGUUCUUAAACCGAGGUACCACUGUAAAGCUCUACAGCGCUAAAGUCAGGUGGGCCAAAAAUACUGAGGGUAAGGAAGGAAUUUGCCCUAAAUCACACACCCACACCCAUUUAUCCAGGGGACUGUUUGUUUACUCAGCUAAAUCUCAAAGUCAUAUUAUCUCAGUUUUACUUUAGGGCAAUAGCAGUGAACUUUGGUGCUACACAGGCUGAAAGUCACCCUACAACUGGAGCACAGAGCUUUAGCACUAUCAGGAAAUUGCUAUGCAGUAAGGCUACAACUUUUGCAAAGGUUAUGUUCAGGGCAUUGUGCUCAAAGUCAAAACCCAAAAGUAAAAACAACAACAAGCAAAGUCAAAAUUGUGUCAAAACCCAUUGGCUUCUAUAAAGCACAUAAGUUAAAUGUGUACAAGUUACAGGCUUACUAUAUUGCUCUGAGGUUGUACCUAAUUAAGCAGUAUGUUCCCAGUUCACUUCUAUAAUGCUCAACAUCAGGGUGACAUUAAGAAUAAAAAGGAAAAAAAAACAAAGAACACAUCCAUGCCAGCACACACACGGAUGCAAAAUUGUAGGAUAUAAUCUUCAAACAGAAAUGCUAAACUAAUGCAGAAAAUUAGGCAUCACUGACAACUGUUAGCACCAUCAAGUGGAACUAUGGAAGCCUGGGAAAUGUUUACAUCAUGCAACAGAACGCUCAGUCCCAGUGCCAGACUUUCACUGGUGCUAUUUAAAAGAACACAGAGGUUCUAAACUGUUCUAACUGUUAGAGAGAAACGAGUGACGUAGCUACAAAAAGGAAAGUAGCAGAUCCAGGAGCUGAAUCAUCCAGAAUGAGCAUUUGUACCCCACUCUUCAGCCAAGAAGGCUCCCAGAGGGGCCUUUACGCAGUCAUUUAAAGCAAGAGAGUCCCUACCCACCAGCUUGCCUGGAAGACACAGCACAAAAGGAAAGAGGAAGGGGGAGGCAAGAAAAGCAAAUUCAGGACUGCCACAAAGAACAGCACUUCUGUUUUCUGUCACUGGAUGGAAGUACUGAAUAGUUCUUAGAAGCCAGCCAAUCCAUCUUCCAGGAACAAAUAUCACUAAAACCACUGUGACUAAAUGGGCUCAAAUGAGAGACAGCCACUGAGGGUGACAUACCACAUCAACCGAAAAGUGUACAAUGAAGAAGAAUUCCAACAAGAUCAUGACCGAAAGAUUUAUGCCACCUCCACCAGGGAAUUAGAGACCCCUCCAACAAGGCGGAAAAUCCAGUGCAGAUUCUCGUGGGUACUCUUCCGGAAGUUCAUUCUCAACGUGUUUCCCUUUCUAAACUGGCUUUGUUCAUAUCGUGUCACUGAAUGGAUUUUAGGAGACAUACACGCUGGCAUAAAUGUAGGGAUGGUGCAGAUUUUUCAAGGGCUAUCAGGAAUAGUGAUAACCGGACUACCGCUACCAGUUAUCAAUAGUUUUUAUUCUGCAUUUUGCUGCUCUCUAGCAUAUGUCAUAUUUGGAACUUCACGUCAUAUGUCCAUUGGUUCUUUCAGCAUUUUGAAUGCAAUGGUGGCAAAUUUUCAGAACACCCUUAAUCUUAACUUAAGAAUGCCAUUUAACGGAACUGUGGCCAACUUCUCAGAUGCAGCGUUUAUGGUCAGUUAUAUGGAAGUAUUAACAUACACUGCAUCUACGACAUUUUUGGUUGGGAUUAUACAGCUGUUAUUGUGCUGCAUUGGCUUGGGUUUUGUCACAACAUAUCUUUCAGAAAGUCUCAUCAAUGCUUACCUCACUGCAGCAGCGCUACAUGUUAUUAUCUCCCAGUUCUCCUUCAUUUUUGGGAUUGUAAUUGACUUCCAUUCAGGACCCUUGGCAUUUUUUUACAACUUGGUAUAUUAUUGCAUGGGCCUCCCAAAAGCUAAUUCCACCAGUAUACUGCUCUUCUUGCUAUCUGUACUAAUGUUGAGAGUCAGCAAAUGCAUUAAGAUAACUUACAAACAUAGUCCCGUUGAGUUUCCUAUGGAGCUUCUUUUGAUUAUUGUGUUUACCAUACUUUCCACCCACACCCAUAUGUACGCUGAAUCAAGUAUGGGAGUUUUUUCAAUGGCCCCCCAGAGAUUUCUGCAUCCUACAUUACCUGACUUUUCAAACCUGAAAAAGAUUUUAUUGCACGCUUCAUCCCUGGCCAUAGUGAGCUAUUUUCUUCUCAUUUUUGUGGCAAAGAAGUAUGGAAAUAUCCACAACUAUCACAUCAGACACACUCAGGACUUGAUGGCAAUUGGGCUAUGCAAUGUCACCAGUUCAUUUUUUAAAAGUUUUGCUGUCAGUUGUGCUCUUUCUACAACUGUUAUUCAGGAGAAGACAGGUGGAAAAACUCAGCUUGCAGCUCUCAUUGGAGUUUCCUUAAUGUUGGCAGUUGUGUUAAAGCUGGGAACCUACUUCCAGUACCUUCCUAAUGCUGUUGUGGCUGCUAUUGUACUGGUCAACAUGUUCCCAUUUCUUGAAAAAUUUAUGGAUGUCCCUUUCUUGUGGAGGCAAGAUAAAUAUGAUUUUGGAAUUUGGAUCGUGACCUUUCUGUCUGUAAUCUGUCUUGGUCUGGAUAUUGGCUUGGGAAUUUCUAUGGGAUUUGCCUUCUUCAUAAUAAGUGUGCGGUCACACAGAAUGAAGAUGUUGACACUGGGUCAGAUUCCAAACACCAAUAUUUAUCGCAGUUUUUCUGACUAUGCUGAGGCUAUAGAGAUUCAGGGGGUGAAAAUGUUCCAGUGCUGUGCCUCCAUUUCAACUGCAAAUAUGAAACAUUUCAAAUCCUACAUUUUACAUAAGAUGGACCUGAAGGCUGUGCCACUUGAUGAAAAUGAAAUGAGAGCUUUGAUCUCAGUCAGUAUGUCUAGCGUUAGGCAGAAAAAGGAUUUAAAUUGUACCUGUGUUUGUGAGCCACCUGAACCAUUAGCCAGGGUACCUUACACAGAGAAACUUCUAAGGCGGGUUCGUACAGCUAAUGAGAUAUCAUCUGCUUCUUCUUUGGCAUUAAUACGCUGGUCAAGAAUUGAGAGCAGAUACCCUUCUGAGAUUCAUUACAUAGAAAGGGAAACAGGACAGGAGUAUGUAAAGAGGAAAGAAGAUCUCAACAGGUUAUGGUUUUGCUCAGACCCCCCUGUCACGAGAUCCACAACUCAUUUGCACCCACUUGAAUCAGAGACAUCCACUUACAUGAUCCACACCAUUAUUUUAGACUUCAGUAUGGUGCACUUUGUUGAUCUACAAGCUUCCUAUUUGUUACGAGAGCUGUGUCACACAUUUCAGAAUAUUGGCAUCACGCUCCUGAUAGCUGCCUGUCAUCCCACUGUAAUAAGGACCUUUGAAAAGCAUGACUUUUUUGACCAGUGUGUUACUAAAGCACGGUUCUUUCCAACCUUACAUGACGCAGUACUCUAUGCAGUGGAGCCAGAACUCUUGGAAGAGACGGUGCCAGUAGAACCUAGUAUUAUCCUGCCUGAGGAAGUGUUGGCUGAAGUAACUCUAAAUGAGGAAAAGGAUAGGAGUCAACACUCAGGGAGGAGUCCUCAUUCAGAUAGGAGGAGCAUGCAGUCCAAUGGGAACAGAGAAACUACCUCAAUCAAAAGUGCACAGAGCGAAACUUACAUUGAUGAGCCCAUAUCAGAUCUUUUCCGCACUUAUUCUCUCCAGAGUGAUAUAGAGGCACUCCCUCAGCGUGAAACAUCUCCCAUUGAGGAAGAUGAAGAUGAUCAAGAUUGGGAUGGAAAAUGGAAAUAUAACAGUGAUGUCUAAAUUAUGAGAUCUAUUAGAAUUAGCUACAUUAAAAAAUGGUGCAUAUGUGACAUGAUUCAGGUCUGUACUGCUCCUUUUUGAAAUUCUGCAUUUAAAUUAAUGUUAAAAUAGCUAACCAUUUUUCCCCUGACAUUGCUGAAGGAAAUGCUGUUGUAUAUACAGAGCAGAUCAGAAACACAUUGAGAAAGAGUGAGAGAAAUGAAAUGAACUAUGACACUUAGAACCAUUAAUUAAA